CUCCCCUCUCACACUACUGCCUUGACAGAGGGAACACGUAUAAGCUCCGCAGUGGGAUCUGGAGACCUACCAUAGUUACAACCUACCUUCACAUACAUUUGUCUGUUGACAAGGUGGGACAGGCACAGUGAAGGAUGGCGAACUCCGCUCUGGAAAUAGUCGGUCUUUGUCUAACUCUGUUUGGGCUUAUCAUGGCAGCUGCUAGCACCGGGAUGCCCAUGUGGCGGGUCACUGCCUUCAUCGGUGAGAACAUAAUUGUGUUUGAGACCCGAUACGAGGGUCUGUGGAUGAACUGUUUCAGACAGGCUAACAUUAGGAUGCAGUGCAAGGUGUAUGACUCCCUGCUGGCAUUGUCUCCUGACCUGCAGGCAGCCAGAGGUCUUAUGUGCUGCUCACUUGCCUUGGGUGGAAUCGGCCUGCUGAUUGCUAUUGUGGGGAUGCAAUGUACUGCCUGUAUCCAUAACAACAGCCGGGCCAAACGCAUGGUCCUCAUCAUUGCAGGCAGCAUGAUCAUUGGGUCUUGUAUCUGCGUGAUCAUCCCAGUGUCCUGGACAGGCCAUGUCAUCAUCAGGGACUUCUACAAUCCCCUACUGAUCGAUGCCCAACGCAGGGAGCUGGGAGAGGCUCUUUACAUUGGCUGGGUGGCCUCUGCAUUUCUUUUUUCUGGAGGUUGCAUAUUUGCCUGCUGCAACAUUUCUGAGGACAAAGGACAAGACAGGUAUAUGUAUUCCAGAAAUUCCCACUAUUCAGCCUACCCUCCACAGCCCCAACUUCUGGUUCAGCCCCAGACUUUCAUACAGCCACAGCCUUUGGUACAGGCACAACCUCUGCAACGUCAGUCAUCCAUGUACAGUUACCACUCCAGAUACCCUUCUAUACAUAGUGCUGUGGCUUACCUCUGAGCACUGGCCUGGUAAAGACAAGACUGUUCUUAUGAAAUGUUAUGUGUGUGGUGCCACUGGACCGGUAAUCUAGGGAAAAGUGGAUAAGCCUCGUAGAGACUUGAAGAGUGAUUUUAUAAGAUAAAAAAUGUAUUUCACUUUUUUACUAUACACACUUUAUAUGAUUUUAUCGUGUGUGAGAUUAUUGAAUAUAUUACUUUGUUGUUUCAGUUUUUAUAUGUUUGUACUUAUAAGUGCCAGAUCUUGAGAUAUAUGUGAUACGCAAUAUUUUCUGUCUCCUACAAUAUCAAUCAAGAAUCAUUGUUACAUUUCAAACUUCCUUUUAACCUUAUUCUGCUCUGACCUAAUACUCUGUCUAGGUUAUGUAUUUACUCUAUAUAUAUAUAUAUAUACACUGUACUUUCCAUCAAAUAAAAUCUUCAUAUAUUGUGAGAAAAAAAAGAUCUAUAAAUG